GCGAAAAAAUGCAGUUGUUGAAAAUAAUGUCGUUGAAGGGUUUAAUAAUUUUCGCGAUAUUAAUGAGUAUAUCAAGUGCCGAGUAUUAUGUGAACAAUAGUCGAAAGUUCAAUUAUUUAAGGGGUGAAUUUCCGUCGUUUAAGCGACAAUCGCGGUUUAUAUCAUUUCAAACGUUGGAUGAUGAUUUGAAACUUGCGAUGGAGUUUGUGGUCCCCUUUCUUAGUAUCCCAGCGAAAAAGAGCGUGGACGAGACAUCAAACACGGCGCAAGGGUACUUGAACAUCAACUUAGCGGCCCUGGUUAUCACAGGAAUAACAGUCAUAGCCGGUGUGUCAACAGCAUCCGCACUUACGCAUUUAGCUCAAAUGGCAACUGGUAAAAGGAAAGCUCAGCGAAGUGAAGAUAUUUUCAGCGACAUCAGUUCAUUUGCGUUGGGAUACAGAGGAUUAGAUGGUGAAAAAGCGGAAGCACCUCUUAGCGACAUCGUAUCCAAUGUUGAGGCGAUUUUUCGUGAUUAUGGUGUAGAUUUGACCUCAUGCAUACAAAAAACAAUUUGCCUGCUGGUUCAGGAGUCAACGAAAAAUGUGGGGACCGGCAAAGGAACAAGUUCCAAUAAAAUCAUUGACGGCUUAACUAGCACAAACUGGUUGCUUAGCUUCAUAUCAGGAACAGCCAUAAAGGAAGCAAUCGAUAUAGGAAGGAGCAGCUAUGACUGUCAAUUCAAGUACAUGUUGUGUAACUGGACUGAAGAGGACAUAAAGGAAUUUAUAGACUCAAUGUAAAGGCUCCAUUCAAUCAAUAAAGGCUCCUACAGAUUGCAAGAUUUUUAGGAGCUUUACGUAAAGGAGGCCCUUGUUAAAAUCAGUUUACUCUAAGUCUGUUGGUGGUCCGCACUCUCUCGGAAAUGGUUGACCGUCUUGACGUAUGAAACAAGCGAAGAGAGAUAUAAAAUGUGGUUAUGUGGAAUA